AUGGCAUCACCCCCAUCAGACCUGCGGGUACUUGUCCGCAGGCUCGCUUCGACACCGGCCGAUCAACUCCCAAGACUAUGCCCAGUUCUGGUUGGACACGUCCUAAGAUGUGGUGAACCACUCUCUGCUUCAGAUGCUGGAAAAGGAAAGGACAAGGGCGCUGAGACGCCUAUGCUUGUUCACAAGCUCAGGACACACAUCACCACGCUCUUGACGGGAAGGAACGCUUCGGGUCGCUUUGCCGCCGUCUGCUUGAUCAAGGCUGUUGUCGAUGUGGGAGGAUGGGAAAGUCUCAGGGCUGCCGACCCCUGGGUUCGCGGCUUGAUCAGUGUUGCUCAAAAAAUCGACCCUCUUCCUUCCAAGGAGCUGGCCGUUAUCACCUUGACCAAGAUCUACAUGCUACUCCAGGGCUACCCGACUUUGAUUAGAGAGAUGGCCACUCCCACUCUUCCCAGCUUUGUCACAGCUUGCCUUCAGCUGGUCAAAUCUCCAUCAACCCCUACCAGCGUGAUUGAGACCGUGGCCAGCUCUCUGUCCAAGCUGGUGAUGCUCUACCCCACCACUUUGCGUCCAUUCGCCGGUCAAAUCAAGACCGCACUCAGGACUUACGUUGCGCCAACCACUUCUGAUUCUGUUGUGGUUCCUCAUGCUCUCCGCGAGAGCUCUCGCCGGCUUUUCAUCCUCCUUUCUUACACCGCCCCCAAGAAUGGAAGCAGUGACGAGUGGGUCAAGUCUAUCAAAGCUGCCAUUCUCGACUGCCAUGCCACCGCCGACCAAAUCUUCCGCGGUGUUGUCGAAUCCUGGGAAUCGUCCACUGGUUAUCGUCCUCAGCCAGUCCGCAAUGAGCUUGACCCCUCUGGCGGCGGUGACUCCGUCGACGAGUUCCCAUCCUGGGAGGGCAUUCAGCCAGGCUCUCAGCGCCUGGUCGGCCUCCUCGAGUUCCUCGCCGAAUACCUCGACAACCCCACCAAAGCCCCCGUCACCAUCCCCGUCGGCGAGCUCCUCGACCUCACCACCCGCCUCACCCUCGUCACCCCUCCCAGCCUCUCCUCCGAGGAAACGAUGCAAACCAACCCUUCCAUCAGCCGCGACGAAAAGGCCGACCUCUGGACCGUCCUCCCCGACAUCCACACCGCCGUCCUCCGUCUCCACGGCUCUACCAUCCGCCGACUCGCCGACUCCGCACUCCCUCUUUCCACAGACAUAACCGACCACACCGUCCGCGUCCUCUCCUUCCACCGCACCAACCCCGCCGUUCGCGAGAAAGUCUACAACCUUGCCUCCCCCCUUCUCACACUCGCCGGCCCGACCCUUCCCAGGUUGACAGUCGACUCCUUAACCCCCUUGAUCCGGCAAGUCUGCCACGACAUCCUCCUAUCAGCAGGCCACCUAGACGACGCACCCAAACCCACCCUCCCCGUCGAAAAAGCCAAGCAAACCGUCCAAGGAAACGCCGACGCUUUCCUUUCCACCCCGUCCGCCACCCCAGCGUCUUUAUUCAGUGCCCUCCCAGCCUCCCUCCUCGCUUCGGCUGCUGCCCUCCUCCCAUUAUUCCUCUCCCACCUCCCCCAACCGCACCUCUCCCCCGAUAUCCGCUCCCUUGUCGACCGCACCGCUAUUUUAUCCUCCAACAAAGAAGCUAUGCUCGCGUCGGUGUUGCAACCGUAUAAAGACUCCAGAGGGCGGUACUACCCCUCUAUCCUUCCUUUUCUCGUUCAAAAGUUUGGAACGUCAAAAGAGGUGGAGGUUGUCCGCAGCAACCUCGUCCGUGCCGGCCGUUACGCGCAGCUUAACACGGAUGAGUACGACCCCUCCGCCAAUCUUGAUGACUUGUUGGCGGAUAGACAGCUCCGGGGCGAGGAGGCGGCGGAUGAGGAGAUGGGUGACGCUGGGGAGCAAAGUGAUGUUGUUGCUGUUGUUGAGAAGGAGAAGAGAGUUGUUGUUUCCAGCUGGGGAACCGCAGUCACAAAUGGUACAGUCCAGGAGGCAAUGGAGGUGGAUGAUGACACACCUGCCGAGGUGAACCCUUUUGCUUUUACUGUCAAGGAGACGGAAACCGCUGUUGUGAACAAGAAGAGGGCCGCGUCACCGCUCAAGAGGAAGAGCAGCGGGGGUUUGGAGGUGGGGGAUGAGACAAAGGUCAAGAGGGUGGCUGUUGCUGCUGCUGCUGCUGCUGCUGCUGCUGCUGUGGCUGUUGACACCAAAAAGGUGGAAGAGGAGAAUAGCGAUAGUGAUGAUGAGGGGAGCGUGCAGAUUGAUAUGUCGCUUGAUGAUGAGGAUGAUGAGGACGAGGAAGAAGAUGAUGAGUAG